AUGUGGUGCUGCUACGUGGGGAAAGCUACCAGGAUCUUCUUCUUCGUGGUGGCGGUGCUGGUGGUGGUGGGCCUCGUUCUGGGCUUUGGGUUCAUCCGCCACGGGUCGCACGGCAGCAACACCCGCGGGUCCUGCGACAAUGACGGCUGCCGACCCGGCCGCCCUCAGCCGGUUCCGGCCGCCGCCACCACGUCUGCCCCGCCGCUCCUCAGCCCGCCCAGCUCCGUCACCGUCGUCCAAGCUCCUUUCCUUGCCUAG